UAUUUUCAGGUAUGACACUUUGGUGACGUCAUGCGCAUAUAUAUAAUGCGCUUCAUGAGCAGAUGUUCAUAACAGAAAAAUAUUGAUAGAUAGACAUCCAAAGCAGCUUUUCCAGUGUCAGUGCUCUCUUCCUGAUACGAAGUAAAGACUAUAAGAUAUUUUGAGUCAUUCCUUAUCAUGGGUGUGCAUGGACUAUGGGAGAUCCUAUCCCCGGCCAGUGAGGUCAGUGUCCCACUGACCACUCUCAGGGGGCAGACGGUAGCGGUGGACCUGAGUGCAUGGAUAAUGCAGUCCACAGGGGUGGCAGCCCCUCCUGGAAAACACUACUUGAUGAUCAGGUCCCUGUUCUAUAGAACGACCAGCCUGCUGGGUAUGGGAGUGAAACUGGUGUUUGUCCUGGAUGGGAGGGCUCCAGAUAUCAAGGAGGCAGCCCUGUUGGACAGGCAGGAGGCGCAGACUGGGUCCACAGCCUCUGUCAACCUGGACAGGCCAGGCCUUAAAGUGGCAAACUCUCAGUGUGUUGAGAUGCUUCAAUGCCUGGGAGUUCCCUGUAUACAGAGUCCAGGGGAGGCAGAAGCCAUGUGUGCCUACCUCAACAAGGCUGGGCUGGUAGAUGGUUGCUUCACAGAGGAUGGUGACUUUUUCUUGUAUGGGGGUAAAACCCUGUACAAAAAUAUACAGAAAAAUGGGAAGGCCGACAAGUAUACAGAUGUUUCCAUAGCUAAUAAGCUGGGGCUGGGUCAGAACGACCUUCUGGCCCUUGGCCUCCUGCUCGGCUGUGACUAUGACAAGGAGGGGGUCAGGGGCGUGGGAACUAAGAAGGGGCUGGAUUUGGUGAAGCACUUCAAGGACAAAGGGCUAGAUGCCCUAGACAGGUUGAAAGGCUGGGCAGCGAACAAGACACUUGAUGAGCUUGAACAGAGACUAGCAACCCCUGUGAAAGCCAACUCCCACUGCACAUUGUGUUCCCACCUGGGCAAAUCCACGUCUCACACGAGACUGGGUUGCACCGUCUGCGAGACAGAUACCGGGUGUCAGCCAGGCUCCAAGCUGUGUCCAUGUCACGCAUGCUUGAACAAGCUUAUCGAACAUGAAAAUAAGUUGGAGCUAACGAUAAGGAGAAAGGCACUGGAUAUGAAACCAGCUUUCCCGAACAUAGAAAUUGUUCAAGAGUUUACAAUGGGGACCCGCACAUGCAUGGUAACAUCAAGUGCCUUGGAACUUUCCAACAUACACUUUGAAAACCUGAUAAAAUGCCUUAAUUCCACCUUGAGAUGGGACAGAGCUGAAGCCCUUGAAAAUAUUGUCCCAUUUUUAAUUCAAUAUGAAAUGCACAGGAAUGGCAAUGAAGGGAAGAUGUUUUCACCAACCAGAAUUGUUCGGAAGUGCAAAGUUAAUCAUACAAGCUGCCUUGAAGUCGAGUGGGACAAAACUGAUGUGAACACCUGGGCAGGUGAAAGUCAUGCCACUGGGGUAAAGGUGAAGGUCACCAGAGAAUUGCUGACUUUGCGAUAUCCUGCACUCGUUGAAAAAUAUGAGGAAGAUCAAGUAAAGAGGCCUCCAAAAGGGAGCCGUAAGGGGAAGAUUACAGCGGAGAUACCUGGCCAAACAACCUUGCAUCAAUUUUUUGCAAUCAAGAAGAAGAAACUUGAUUUUUCCAGCUAAGAUCGACUAGCUGUGGUCAACUGGGACUGAUUAUGUGGCUAGUGUAUGGUUGGCUAAUUAGCACGAAACAAUUUACAACUAUGCUGGGCUUCAGCUUUUGUAGACAAUCAACAAAAAAUGUGGCUAGUGUAUGCUUUGCCAAUUACUGCAAUUAGUAUCGAUAAUUUAAGAUUGUGCUAGGUUUCAGCUAUUGUAGAAGAUCAAAUUAUAACACACAGACGGUCUAAGAGUUUACUUUUAUUUUGCCACAAAUGUUUAAUUUUAUGUUUGUUUACUGUCAGAUAUAUGUGUCAGACGGAUUACUCUAACCAAAUAUGAAAUUGUUGAAUCUGCUAAAAAUAUCUGAACCAGAUACAGCUUUUGCAUGCUACACUCUUAAUGUGGUGAUGACUUGAUGCCUAGAUGGGACUUUACUUUUGUUAAUGUUAAAUUGAUUUAGCAAACAUAUUUUCUGUUUCUACUUAGACUCAAACCUAUGACCAUAGGCAUACUACACUAUUGGGUGCUUAUUGUUCUUAUGAUUAUUCACAAUUCAAGUCCCAUUAUUGAAAAUACCUUUUACUCAGGAAUAAUAAUUAGAAUUUUUUGAAUAUUCAUAUCAAUUAUAUUAUUUAUAUUGGUAAAGUAUUGUUUUGCGCUUAAAUAAUUAUUGUAUAUAACUUCACUUUUCAAAACUCUAGUAAGCAUUUUUGCGAAACCAUUCUCUCCAUGAUUUCAUUGUUUAGAUGUUGUCAAAGGAAACAUCGUGAAGUAUUUAUAUAUUUAACCAGGUUUUCCGAAGGAAAAAACUGGUUAUUAGAUAGGCGAAUGUCGGCGGGUGGGCUGGCAGGCAGGCGGAACAAGCUUGUCCGGGCCAUAACUUUGUCGUUCAUUGUCAGAUUAAAAAAUCCUUUGGCACAUUUGUUCACCAUCAUUAGACAGUGUGUCGCGCGAAAGAAUUACGCCGAUAUCUCCAUGGUCAAUGUCACACCUUGAGUUCAAAGGUAAAAAAUGGCCAUAAAUGAGCUUGUCCGGGCCAUAACUAUGUCAUUCAUUGUGAGAUUUUAAAAUCAUUUGGCAUAUUUGUUUACCAUCAUGGGAAGGUGUGUCGCAUGAAAGAAUUGCGUCAGUAUCUCCAAGGUCAAGGUCACCACGACUAAAAAUAUAUUUAUUUUGAAACAAAGGGGGUUAAUUUUAAACAAUCAGUUCAGUUUGGGUUGUCUCCCUUUAUCAGACUUUUUUUCAAAUUGAAAACCUGGUUUUGUGACAAUUUUGUCCCUUGUUUAUUUUUAGUUCACUUGAGCACACAAUUAUGUGUAUCCAAACAGUAGGUAAGAGAUCACAUUAUAGAAAAAUCUUGUUAUAACUCUAGGGGCCACAUUUAUGACUCAAACUUGUUAUCACUGAAGCAUUCACAUUUAUGACUCAAUUUUGAUGAAACUUGGUCAGAAUGAUUAUAUUAACAAUAUCAAGGCUGAGUUCGAACUUAGUUUCAAAACUUGUUCCCAAUCAUAGAAAAACCUUGUAAACACUAAAGAGGCCACAUUAAUGACUCAAUCUGGAUCAAACAUGGACACAGUGUUUAACUUGAAAAUAUCUAUGCCAUGUUUGAUUAUGUGUCACAUAUGUCCAAAUACGAUGUAAUACGAUCAAUGCUCAUUAAAACCUUGUUACUAAGCUAGAAACCACAUUGUUUGGCUCAAUCUUGAUGAAACUUGGUCAGAAUGUGUCUCUUGACAAUAUCUAAGCUGAUAAAGAAUCUUGGUCACAUGCAUCCAAAGACUAGGGCACAAGAUCAAAUCUUAGGAAACCUUGUCAUAACUGUAGAUGCUACAUUAACAAUUCAAUCUUAAAAAAAACUUUGUCAGAAUGUUUAUCUUGAAUAUAUCUUGGCUGGGUCUGAAUCUAGAUCAUGUGCAUCAACAAUUAGGUACACAUGUCAAAUCUUAGAUCAUUUUUGUCACCUCUAUAGAGGCCUCAUUUAUUUUUAUCUUGAUGAAACUUGGUUAGCAGGUUGAAGUCUGAUCAAGUCUGAAUCUGGGUAACCUGUGUCUAAAACAAGGUCACCACGACCAGGUCAAGUUUCAACAAUUUGAUUUCUUAUAACUUAGAUGAGGGCUUUAGGGCUAUCAUGGCCUUCUUAUUUACUUUUAUAUAAUUUUAAAUCAGAUUUUAAAAUGGUCUUUUAUGAUCAAAAUCUCUUUUUAUUCUGGUCAAUUGCCAAUUACAUUUUUAUGUAGUAAGGUAUAAAACACUGGUGAGCCAUUAUCAGCUGUAAUGAUUGCUUUUAACAAUCCUAGUUCUUUUGUCAUGUGCAUUACUGUUUGCUUAUAUUAGAUAAUCUUUUCAAUAAGUUUUUUCACUUAUGAUAUUUAUGUUAAUGAUGUUAUUGAUUUAUUCUGCAAAUGUGCUGGUCACAUGUUUAUGCUGGGAUGCUUAUAGUGGUUGAUCUGUUUGUCCUUCUUUCUGUCCAUAUGAGGUUAACCGAAAUUGACCUUUACCUACUUUUAGGCUAAUUGAGAAGGUGCAAAUUAUUGUUUAACCCAAGAUAACGUGUUUGUCUAACAUCAAUAUGCUUCCUGCCAAGCUUUCAGACUUGCACCAACGAUGACCCUGAAUACUAUCAACACACCAACAUGACCUCACUUCAUCUAAACUUUACAAUAACCUGCUUUUGGACUUGACUUGAGAUUGUCGGAACUCUUGGUAACCCGAACAUAACUGAAUUUGCCAUAAUAUAAAAUAACACUGCUAAAAAUAUUUGUUACUUGCAGGAUGUUCUUUAUGAAAAUUUUCAGGAAAUCUACAUCACCCGACCACAUUUUUAACUAUGAUCUACAUUUGGACUAAAAAUAAUUCUUAAUGAUCAAAUUCUUGGAUAACCCCAAAUCACGUGUUUCAUAUAACAUUAAUUAUGUUUCCUACAAAACGUUCUUACAUGCAUGGAUGAUGUCUAUGAACUCUUUUAAAACACCCAUAUUACCUGACCUCAUUUUCACAUUGACAAUGACCUAUUUUUAGCUCGGCUGUUUUCGUAGAAAACCCGAGGUAUUGUCAUAGCCAGCUCGUCGUGUCCGCCGUCCGUAUCAAGGUUUGUUAAGGUUUUGAACAUUUGCUCUAAAAUCAACGUGCUUCAACCUACAACUUUGAAACUUCAUAUGUAGAUGCACAUUGAUGAGUUCUACACGCCACACCCAUUUUGGGGUCACUAGGUCAAAGGUCAAGGUCACUGUGACCUCUUAAAAAAAAAAUUGUGUCAAGCUUUCAUUUAUUCAAAACUGCACCCGCAGCCGAGCCGAGCAUGGCACCCGUUAUGCGGUGCUCUUGUUGGACUUAGAGACUUAAUCAGACAGUCCAUAUUCUUCCUUACCAAAAUGAUGCAUUUCUUCUGACACCAAAACUGUUUGCUACAAAGCUGUGAUUCUUGUAUAGAUGUUAUAUGAUUAUAUUGACAAGGUCUCCACUUGGGGCAUAUGUGUUUGUUGUUGUAAUUUUUAUCAUGAUUUUUAACAAUUUGCAAAUUUGAGUGCAUGUUAAAAAAAAUAAUAAUAAAUAUUAAAAAAAAUC